UGCGACAGGCCUUCGUUUACAUUACAGUGCCGUUAGGUGGACAGAAGGUGGAGAUGGGUGAGUCGCUGCAGAAGGCCAUUGUUUUAACAUCUCUGAACAAUAAUUUACGGAGUGGACCAGUCUAACCAAAGAACACCAGUGUAUUAUUUCUGCAGAGUGACUUCGGCUAAAUCAAUAAGUCUUUUACCGAGCUUAAGAUUCAGAGCUAACGGGCUAAUGUUAGCAGAGGGAUCAGGGCCCAGCGGAGAGUCGCGUCUCAGAGUUGCUUACAUUGUUUUUGUCUGUAGUAAAACAACAAAGAGGCCGAUCUAAUAGAUGACGCUUCACCCUGUGCUCUGACAAAUCCAAGGCACAAAUUCUAUUUAAUCACCUUAGUGCGUUUGAACUUUGGACAUCUCUGGUUAACAGCGCCCACAGUACACGUUAGCAUCGUCUUCAAACAGCAUUAGCAAAGAUAAGUGAAGCUAACGGCUCUGAAAACAUGACUGCCAGGAGGACAGGUUAUGCUGCCAGCAUGGAUUCUUCUCCAUCAAACAGCGGCAGCAGUUCAGUCCACAGUGGAAACCGUAAACAGAGUAUAAUCAACAUUUCUGACAGGACCGGGGUUGACUCCUGCUAUGAUCCUAAACAGGAGAAGGUUGAAUACGGAGUCUCUCAGGGCGGCAUGACAGUAACAUCGCUUAAAUCACGCUUGGCACCGACCAUUCAGACUGCAAUGUCCGCUGCUGUGGACACUCUGCUGGGCGAAGUGGUCCUUGUGCUCAAUGAGACUCAGCAAGAGCUCCUGCACAAAGAACAAGAGAAUGAAAGACUUAAAGUGCGCCUUGAGGUGUCAGAGAGGGAGCUGAAGACUUUACAGGAGUGUUUGUGUAGUGCACAGAAGCUCAUAGACCAGCUCCAGAUCUCAUAUACAGGACCACAGACAGUCAACCAGUCAGUGUUUGCACCUUCACUGUCUUCCAUGGCCUCACUGACUUCAGGCAUGGACCGGGACCACCAGAACCCCCGAAAUGUGAAUGGAGCUGGUGUGGAUUUGGGUCUCGGGGGCUCUGUAGAUGAGUCCCUUCACGGAUUUGAGCCAAGAGACGACUACAAAAUGUGCCAGCUUUCAAUCCAGCCUGAUGGCUCUGUGACGAAUCAUUCUCUGGACUCAUUUGCAUCUGGCACAUCUCAUAUGUGCUCUGAUUCCAGCAGACCAGAUGACAGACAGUCUCAGGGACCAGGGGGAUCAUCCAGGUUUGAGAUCAAGGAGGAACAAGGACCAGCUGCAGGAUCAGGUCAGCCCGCUAGGAAGGAGGCUGGCCUGCGCAGUGACAGUACAGUUGGCGAUGAUGAACGACCGUCCCACAGUGUGGCCGACCUCGGCUAUGUUCAAGUGGGAGGGGAGGGAGGAAACCAGCGCUCCUUCACUCAGCCCCUGCGUCACCAAAGACUUGUGCGAGAUUGCACUGGUGCCUUGCAGCAGAGUGGACUUGAGGGACAGAAAGUAGUUACUCGGAGUUCUGUGGGUGGAAGAGGGGACGGUGUUUCACCAGGACGGGCAGAUGACUCCGCAGGGCCCUCUACUGCUGACACAGCAGUCGAGCCCUCUGGAGAUCGGCCUCAUCACUGCUUGGAGUGUGGAAAGACUUUCCGUUUGAUCUCCAGCUUGAAGAAGCACAUUCGCAUCCACACUGGAGAGAAGCCCUACCCGUGUGCUGUCUGCGGCCGCCGCUUCCGUGAGUCCGGUGCACUUAAAACCCACCUGCGCAUACACACGGGUGAAAAGCCGUACUCUUGUUCUGAAUGCGGCAACUGCUUCCGUCAUUUAGAUGGUUUACGCAAACACAGGCGCACACACACUGGAGAGAAACCGUAUGUGUGUGCCAUCUGCGGGAAACGGUUGAGCCGCCUGCAGCAUCUCAAACACCACCAGCUCAUCCACACCGGUGAGAGACCGUGCUGCUGCCCCUUCUGUAGCCGAAGUUUCAAGGAGCCGGCAGCGCUAAGGAAACACAUCCGCACACAUCGGGAGGAAGGGGGUCACAUGGGCAUCGGUGCCAGUGACGACACAGACCCAGAUGCCAUAGAUGAUUUAAACAACCUUCACCCUGCCGCUCCGUCACCUCAGAUGAGGUUUGGGGAGUGGGGAGCAGAGGAGGAGGAUAGCUCUGUGGUAGACUGUGUGUAGGGUCUGUUGUAAACAUACUCCAGUCAAACAUGGAAUAGGAUGUGUGUGCAAAAUGAUGGAUGAUGAAAGUCAUCAUCCUCCCAUUUUAUCAGAAUGAAAUAUUAAGCUACACAUAACCCUAGCCUUGGAGUACUGUUCAGUUCAGACAUUUUCAUGGUUUAGAUGUAAAAAUAGUUUUUAAAAUAUCCAUGGUACUUCUUCCAAAGCUAUUUUGUCCUGACAUUGAUCAAGCAGCAGCUGCUGCUGCUCUGUUGAGGCUGUACUUGCCUCAUGGAGCUAGUUUGCCAAAAACCUUGGGAAACUGCUGGUGAGAAAGAGCAGGUUUUGUCAUUAAAAAACAUACAUGCACCUUUGAGUCACUCAGCUACAACUUGACUCACUGCUGCUGUUGGAUUUUUUUUUUUAUACUUAAAACUUUUAGCAAGUUGGUGAUGGUUUUCUGAAAUUUAAUCUCAUUAGUUUUCACUUACUUAUCAGGCUUUUCCAUAAGCACAAACCUGUUCUUACAGAGGCAUGGAGUCACUGAAAUAGUUCAUGCUUUAUGUGUAGGCAGACAUCUAUUGUUACUAAACCAAAAAGCAUAGAUGUUUCCAUACUAUAUUUUUAAUUUAGAUAGAUGGUAACAAGGUCAUGCACAAAACAUUAGAUAUGAGCUAUUUUGUGGAUAAAACAUUGAAUAAAACAUUGCUAACUUUAAGGAUAAACAGUCAAGGGGGAAAGUAUGAUGUAAAUACUGUAUGUACAUAAAUUCAGGACAAUAAUGUGCCUGCACAAAAGAGUUUGACAGUUGUCCCAUUUUUGACCGGUCAGUCCUGUGUAGAUACUUUGAGAUUGAUAAGGAUAUGGGUCUGGCCUAUCUCACUUUUUCACUAUUUUCCUCAUCAGCUUCAGGAAAAAAAACAAACAACUUUUUUCACCAUUAGUCCUAACAGCCAAAGGAGUUUUCAUUAGGUUUAGGCAGUUUGAUUAGCCAGAUUUUGUAUUUUACUUUCCCUGGACAAUCUUUAUUACAGAGUCCUGACACUCUAUUAAUGAAUCCUGAGUCUGCAAAGUAUUUCUAUGAAUGAAGUGCCUAGCAAAGACAGUUUUCAUGUUUAUUUUAAGCUUACCUACAUCAUAGUAAUGUCUGACUGAAAAAGCACAAAGAAUCUGAAGUUUUAGUAGCAGGUAUAGAUAAUGUUGGGGUCGGUAAACCUUUAAGUGAACACGAGGUGACUGUAGGGGCCCUUUUGUGACUAAAAUGGCUGUAUGUGCUUAGUUGUACAUUUUGCACAUGGAGCAUGAACUAUUUUUACCAUGACUUUCAUUCUGGGCAUUCACCUCUGUUAAAUAGUGAGUUCUUUUAACAUGAAGUUUUUUUAUGGAUCAAAAUGUAAGUGGUUGUAUGGUAAAUGAAGGGAACAACUAGUUGCAUCCAGAUAAACUGUUAAACCACAUUUUACCUUUUCUCAUGUCUGAUUAGCAUUUGGUUUUUUAAGGACCACAUCUUAGCAUUCCAUUUUUUUUACGGUGACGCUGCUACCUGGGAGAGCGAGUCUUUCUUUUCUGAACGUACAUUAUUACUACCAGCCAGUUACUAGUUAACACUAGCGGACAGACUUUGGUGCUUGCAUGUGCAUAUCUGCUCCUCCACUGGCAACAAAGCCUGUUUCUGUAAAUAAGAAUGUAGUUUUAGCCACUUUAUCCGGUUUAAUAAGGGUUAACGUUUGUGGAAAAGUUAAUGUGCAUCAAUGACUUUUUUUAAGUAAUGUGCUUUAAGAACAUGAGUAUGCUAACAUACCAUGUAAAUAUAUAUAUAAAUAUAUACAUAUAUACAUAUAAUCUUAUUAAACUGCUUCACAAUAUUGCAAGUUUACCAAGAAGAGCUCAGAUGCAACUCAUGCAUCUGGGUUAUCAGUAGAGAAUUAAUCUUGUCAGCCUUUUGAGCUAUGCUGUAGGUCUCUGGUGUCUUUUACCAUGUAUACUACUGUAAUGAUCUUUAUGUAACUACUCUGUGUACAUUUACAAGUGUAAGUCAUUUUAAAAGGCAUUUUAAAAUGAUGAAUAUCUGUCACUGUAUACCCAGGAUCCAUUUUACCAAGGUAAUCUUUACCCCGAGGAUCAUAUUUAUUGUUUUGGUUUUUUUUUUUCUUUUUGUAUUUACAUACAGGGGGCCUUUGCAUGUUGGUUUAAAAUGACAUUCUUCCUUCGAGCUAACAAGUUGGUGUUAAAUGUGAAAGAAAUCACUUUUUUUAUGCUUCUGUGUUCGAAAUAUUCUCCCAUGUUGGAUUCAUCCUGUUACCUAAAUGUUACUAUAUUAAAGGGCCUUAUUUAUAGUC